AUGGCAGAAGCUGUAGAAUCGAUUCAUAGACGAAGAAAUAAUUAUGAAUUUAAUAAUUCAUUGAUAGAAAGACUUAGACAAAGUCAACACAACUUAAAACUAAUUUGGUUUGAUCCAAACAUUAAAUCAAAGGAAGAUAUGAAAACAAAAAAAGAAGAACUUCGAGUUAUUAAUGAACAUGUCAAUAUAUUCUCGGAUCUUGACGAGUGUGUUAAAUUUAUUAAAUCAAUUAAAAAUGAAACAAUAUUUUUAAUAACAUCCGGAAUACAAGCACCAGAAAUUUUAUCUCAAGUAUUAGAUUUGAGUCAAGUUGAUUCGAUCUUUAUCUUUUGUAUGUUGAAAGAUCGACAUGAAUAUUUAUUAACUAAAUACAAUAAAAUUGUUGGAAUUUAUACCGAGUUCGAUGAUUUAUGUAAAACAAUUGAAGACGAAUUUGAUUUUUUUAAUAAACGCAUAGAAACAUUUUCUUCGUUUGAGAAAGGUGAACAAUCUACAAAAGAUUUAUCAAAAGAAUCAUCAACAUUUCUCUGGUAUCAAAUAUUUAAUUAUAUUAUAGCUCGUCUACCAAGAAAUCAACAAGCAAAAGAACAAAUGAUUCAAUUAUGUAAAGAUUAUUAUUGUCGAAAUCGAAAAGAAAUGAAAAAUAUUGAAGAAUUUGAACAAACAUAUCGAUCAGAAUAUGCAAUUUAUUGGUAUUCAAAAAAAACAUUUUUAUAUAAAAUAGUUAAUAAAGUAUUACGAACUGAAAGUAUUGAAUUAAUACAUACAUUUCGAGUUUUUAUUUGUGAUUUAUCAGAAAAUCUUCAACGUCAACAUGAAAAAAUUUUUUUGUCAAAAGAAAAAAUUUUACAUCUUUAUCGAGGUGUUGCACUUGAUAUAAAAGAAUUUAAUAGAUUAAAACAAAGUCAAGGAAAACUUAUUUCAACAAAUGGAUAUUUAUCAACUAGUCGAGACGAAUUACAAGCACGUAAAUAUGCAAAUAAAUCUUCAAAAAGAAAUGAUAUCGUUCGUGUUCUAUUUCAUAUUGAAAUUAAUAUUGAAAAAAUUGAUAAAAAUAUUAUUUUUGCUGAUAUUACUGAAUUAAGUAAUAAUCCAACAGAAGUCGAAGUUUUAUUUGAUAUAAAUGUUUGUUUUGAAAUUAAAUCAUUUGAAGAAGAUAAAUCAUUUCAAAUAAUUAAUAUGAAACUUUCAAAUGAAGGGCCAAAAAUUGCUAAAGAUUUUCUUGAAUCAACAAGAAAAGAAAUUGAAGGAACAAGUGAUUCAAUUAUUGUUGGUAGAUUAUUAUGUGAUUUAGGAGAAUAUGAUGAAUCACAAAAAUAUUUUCAACAAUUAUUAGAUAAAACAAAUAAUGAAGAUCGUCCUUGGAUUGAAUUUAAUAUUGGUCGAGCUCUUGAUUUCAAAGGUUAA